GCGCCGCAUUAACGACGAUGAGGGUCGACAGAUUCGUGCUGCAAACGUGCGGCUUCGUCUUCUCUCUCCUUUGGCUGCGGACUGGGUGUGGAGACGUGAGCUACUCCCUCCCAGAGGAGAUGAAACGCGGAUCUGUUAUUGGUAAUAUAGCCAAGGAUCUCGGACUAGACACCAGCACAUUAGCCACUAGAAAAGCCCGCAUAGACGCCGAUGGGCACGGCAAACAGUACAGCGAAAUAAACCUGAACAACGGAGACUUGACUGUUGCGGAGAGGGUGGACAGAGAGGGGCUGUGCGGGGAAAAGGCGUCUUGCGUCCUCAAACACGAACUUGUGCUGGAAAACCCGCUGGAGCUGCACCGCAUCGGUCUGCACGUCCAAGAUAUCAACGAUAACUCCCCACAGUUUAACGAAGAUUUGAUUACUCUGGAAAUUCAGGAGUCUGCAGUCAGGGGAGCCCGUUUCCUGAUAGAGGAGGCGCACGACGCGGAUAUAGGAACCAAUUCCGUCCAAACAUACAACCUCCAAAACAAUGACCAUUUCAUGCUGGCAGUUAGUGGACACACCGUCGAGCUUGUUUUGGAUAAAGAGCUCGACCGUGAAAAACAAAACGGGAUCAGUUUGGUUCUCACAGCCCUUGAUGGCGGCUCUCCACGGAGAUCAGGUACCGUAGCCAUACGCGUCACCGUGCUGGAUGCUAAUGAUAACGCCCCGGUGUUUAGCCAGGCCGUGUAUGAAGCCAGUCUGCCAGAGAGCGCUCUGGUGGACACUGUAGUGGUUACCGUGAGUGCUGCUGAUGCAGACGAGGGGAUAAACGGAGACGUAACGUAUGACUUUGGACACGUUUCGGAGGAUGUGAGGAAGAUAUUUAAAAUUGACCGCAAAACAGGUGAAAUACGUGUGACUGGCUCUCUGGACUUCGAAAGUGUCACAUCGUUUGACUUGCGCGUUAAAGCGAAGGACGGCUUGGGGCUAUCCUCAUACACGAAAGUAAGCAUUGCUAUUACUGAUGUGAACGAUAACGCCCCUAUGAUCAAUAUGAAAUCCUGGACCAGCCCCAUACCAGAGAAUAUAUCGCCUGGUACCGAGGUUGGCAUUUUCAACGUACAAGACCGAGAUUCUGGGAAUAACAAACAGGUCCGCUGCGCCAUUCAACAAAAUGUUCCUUUUAAAUUGGUUCCCUCCAUCAAAAACUAUUAUUCUCUGGUGACCACUGCUGAACUAGACCGCGAACUAGUGUCUGAUUACAACAUCACAAUCACUGCUACUGAUGAGGGCUCUCCUCCUCUUUCCUCCUCUAAAAGUGUUCACUUAUCUGUAGCUGACGUCAACGACAACCCACCUGUGUUUGAGGAGCAGUCCUACAACGCCUACGUGACUGAAAACAACAAAGCUGGAUCUACUUUAUGUUCCGUUAGUGCCCUAGACCCAGACUGGAGACAAAACGGUACAGUGAUUUAUUCUCUUUUACCUGGGGAGGUGAACGGUGCCCCGGUGUCCUCCUAUCUCUCCGUUAACGGAGACACGGGGCUGAUCCACGCUGUCAGGUCGUUGGAUUAUGAACAGUUCAGGAGCUUUAAAGUUCACGUGAUGGCGCGAGACAACGGUUCUCCUCCACUCAGCAGCAACGUGACCGUCAGUGUCUUCAUAACGGAUGUGAAUGACAACUGUCCUCAGAUACUUUACCCCGCCCCGGAGGGACACUCCUUCAUGACGGAACUCCUCCCGAAAGCAGCUCACGGGGGCUCUCUGGUGUCCAAGGUGAUAGCGGUGGAUGCAGACUCCGGACAGAACGCCUGGCUGUCCUAUCAUAUAGUCAAAUCCACUGAUCCGGGACUUUUCACUAUUGGUCUGCACAGUGGAGAGAUCAGGACACAGCGGGACAUUUCUGAAUCUGACAACAUGAAACAGAAUCUUAUUGUGGCAGUGAAAGAUAACGGACAGCCCUCUCUGUCUGCCACCUGUUCCAUGUAUUUACUGAUUUCUGAUAACUUGGCUGAAGUGCCAGAACUGAAAGACAUGUCUUAUGAUGAGACUAACUCCAAACUGACCUCUUAUCUGAUCAUCGCGCUGGUGUCAGUCUCCACCUUUUUCCUGACCUUCAUUAUUGUCAUCCUGGGUGUGAGGUUUUGUCGCAGGAGAAAACCCAGACUGUUGUUUGAUGGAGCGGUGGCCAUCCCCAGUGCUUAUCUGCCUCCUAAUUACGCAGAAGUUGACGGAACAGGAACUUUACGCAGCACUUACAAUUAUGACGCGUAUCUGACAACGGGCUCUAGAACCAGUGACUUCAAGUUUGUGAGAUCUUACAAUGACAACACACUGCCUGCAGACCAGACUCUGAAGAAAAGUCUAACUGAUUUUAGUGAAGUAUUUGGAGAUGCUGAUGGAUUCCCUGAGGUGCAUCUGCAGUAGGGACACAGCCAAGGGAAUGUAGGCUCAGAUGAUUCUACUUCGUGAUGGCCCAUGUGUCGACAUGAAUCUAUCUCCCAUUUCAUCUGUUUUU